AUGGGCUGCGGGCCGUCGUGCUCGGUGACGGUGUGGCACCCCGAGAGCUCGGCGAACGACCGCGCGGCGGGAGGUCGCAGCCCACGGGCAGUGCGCGUGUGGCCCGUCCGUCCGGCGGCACGAGUGGGUCCCGACGCCUCGGGCUACCGGUCGUCGCAGGGCCUGGCCCAGGACAGCUGCUGCCACGCUGACGACACUGCGGCCAGGCCGGACUCCGCGUACGAGGCGAGCUCCGUGGCCUUCGAGCUGCCCGACGUUCACUCGCUCCACCCACUCAGAGUCACGAAGACCGCGCUGGAGGACGAACAGGCAAUUCGCAACCUGCCGCUGACGGAGCUGUUUGUGGACAGCCACUUCCCACCGGCUGAGUCGUCGCUCUUCACGCACCGUAGGCCGGUGCCUGGCAGGAUCACCUGGCUCAGGCCGCAUGAGAUGGUCUCCGAACCGCAGCUGCUUGUCAACGGUGUGAGCCGCAACGACAUCGUCCAGGGCGCCCUCGGCGACUGCUGGUUCCUCUCAUCGUGCGCAGCUGUGGCGCAGAGGCCGGACCUCAUGCACAGGGUGGUUCCCCAAGAGCAGCAGCUGUACGGUUCAGACUACAAGGGUGCGGUGCGCUUCAACCUAUGGCGUUUCGGUCGCUGGGUGGUGGUGUACGUGGAUGACCUACUGCCCACCAGCGAAGACCGGCUCAUCUAUUCGCGAUGCAGCGACCCACGAGAGUUCUGGGUCGCCCUGCUCGAGAAGGCCUACGCCAAGCUGCACGGUAGCUAUGAGGCCCUGGAAGGCGGCCAGGCCAUGGAUGCCAUGGUAGACCUGACCAGCGGUCUGGCCGAGCGGUACGACUUGCAGGACGCUCCGGAGAACCUGUUCGGAUUCCUGCUCAAGGCCUCUGAACACGGUGCCUUCAUCACCUGCUCGCGCAAGGGUGACUGGUGGCUGGCCACGGCGGCUGACCCUAACGGUCUGGUGUCGGGUCACGCGUACACGGUGAGCGCAGUGCGCCGGGUGGAACUGAGCAACGGACACGACGCCUGCCUGCUACGAGUGCGCAACCCUUGGGGGAAUGGCAUCGAGUGGACCGGUGACUGGAGCGAUGCGGAUCCUCAGUGGUCGCUGGUGGACGCGGAGACAAAGAAGCAGAUGGAGUGGCGCCAGCACGGCGACGGCGAGUUCUGGAUGAAGUACGAGGACUUCUGCCGCGAGUUCGAGGAGGUUUCCAUCUGCACCCUCGGGCCCGACUUCGACGGUGACGGCAUACCCGAGAAACCAGGAGAGGUACGUGCAAUUCGUGGCGUGUGGGUCGACGGCGUCAACUCGGGUGGAUCAAGGAACAACCUGAGCUCGUUCAGCAGUAAUCCGCAGUACCUGUUGUCAAUCAGGCCCUCACCAGGGGACCGAGGUGAAUUUUAUGCCGAUGACGUCACGGCGAGCGUCGUGGUGGCACUGAUGCAGGUGCACCCACCUCACAACGCAUUCAUCACUCGGAACCGGCUGCGCAUGCAUCAGAUAGGAUUCGUCAUCUAUCAAGCGUUGGACCAGUUCCGGCGCUUAUCGCUCGACCACUUUGCGCGCACACCGGACGUGGCCAACUCCGGGGCCUACAUCAACUACCGUGAGGUGUUCGGCCGCUUCGAGCUGCGCCCGGGUCACUACGUCAUCAUACCGGCCACCUUCGACCCACACUGUCCCGGAGCGUUCAUGAUAAGGGUGUACGCCAGCAGCCCCUUCCAACUGAGGUGA